CCAGGGACUCCAGGACACUCGGUCCGGGCCACCAACGGGAAAGUCGUCGACUGUAGUAGAAGCAUGCAUGGUCUUUCAACAAGUAUCCGAGGUUGUGCAGAUUAGGAAUUAGAACUCUGUUACGAUGGAUAUUGGCCUUGUCAAAAUUGCAGAAGAUAAAGACUUUGAGAAAUUAAAGCAGCUCUAUGACGAUAAUAACAAUUGGAAGUUGGAUUACAACAAGCCUGAUCUAUCCGCUUGGACAAAAUCCGUCCCAGGAAUUAGCUUUAGAAUGGUAAAGAUUAGAACGCGUUUCCCCGAUGUCUCGCCAGAGACACUCUACGACGUUUUACACGAUCCUGAAUAUCGAAAAGUUUGGGACACUCAUAUGAUCGAAUCGAAAGACAUAGGCUUUUUUAAUCCAAACAACGACAUCGGCUAUUAUUCCAUGGCAUGCCCGUCUCCGUUGAAAAAUCGAGACUUUGUCCUGCAACGAUCUUGGUUAGACACUGGUAUAGAGCAGUUGAUACUCAAUCAUUCCGUUUACCACAAAGAUUAUCCACCUAGGAAGCAUUUUGUACGAGCAACGUCUUACCUCACAGGUUACAUUGUAAGGCCUUCGCGCAAUGGAGAUGGCUCCGAGUUGGGUUACGUGUCGCAUACAGAUCCACACGGCAAAUUACCUGUGUGGCUCGUUAAUAAAGUUACACAAAUAUUUGCCCCUAAAAUGGUAAAAAGAUUGCAUAAAGCCUCUGUAGGCUAUCCAAGCUGGAAAUUACUUAAUAAUCCUAAUUAUAAGCCUUGGCAUUAUCCCGAGCAAAUAAUGGCACCUAGAAUACGUAUUGAAGAAUGCGUCAAAUCUGCAGAAGAGAAGAAUUCCAAGUAUAAUUACGUAGACGAAUCUGACCUAAGGGAAAAUUUGCUUAAAGAAUCCCCUGCGAUGGAUAGCGAUUAAUUCAUAGCGAUAUAACAGAGAGACCAUCCAAGAACUUGAUGGGUAGUUGGUGACACUGGUUUUCUCUCAAAGAGCGAUACGUUAUCGAAAAGGACAUGUUUGUGGCGUAAAAAGGAGACACGGUCUUUUUUUCCUAUAUACGGAUACCCCUAAAUGUUACAAUUUUAACGUAAAACGGACAAGUAGUUGAUAAUAUCGACAAGUUCGACAAGAAAUAUGCAUAUAUAUAUAUAUCAUAUACAUGUACACCUAACUCGAUUCUUAUCAAUUUUAUUGCAAGUGGCACGCAAUAAUUGCGUACAACAACUAUCAGUACGUGAGUUGUAAAUCUUUUCAUUUUACGUCUUAUCGUACGCGAGAGGUUUUUGUAGGAUUCGUCAAACUUGGGCAGCAGUAUUAAGAUAUUAAGCAGUAUCAAGAGAGAGAGAGAGAGAGAGGAACAAAUUUUCCCCUUGAAAUUUCGAUCGAUGCAAAAUCAAAAACAGAUUUGAAAAAACUAUACGAAUGAGACGGCCUAGAAAUUUAAAUAAGGCUUGAUACCAUGUGAAAUCUUAAUUUUACAUUACUUCGAUCCGUGGGAAAACGUUUAUAGAGCGUGAUCGAUUACUUUGUAAAGUUUACAAUAAAAUACAUUUUCAAACUGGC